AUGGAGAUUGAUUCUGAGAUUUCUGAUUCAUCGUCAAGCAACAACUCGAUGAUCCCUCCUCUUCCUCAAAACCCUAUUUUGACUGUGAAACUCUCUCCGAUCAUUCUCCAUGUACGACGUUGCUCGAAGAACAUUAAAAAGAAGAAACGUACACGGACGCCUUUGAAGAAGAAGAAGAAGAGUAUUAGUAGCAGUGUCGAAUCUAUAAUCGGAGUCUCAUUCAAAUCCGCCUCUCAGAAACAUUCCACCACCGUAACUCGCGACGGAGGAGUUAAAAAGAUUUCCUCUUGGGUGAAAUCUAGGUUACUUGGAGAAGGGGCUUACGGUUGUGUUUACCUAGCGACAAGUAAAGAUGACAUAUACAAAACAGAGAGAGCGAUCAAAAGUGCUGAUGUUUUAAAGGCUUGGAGUCUUAUGCACGAAGGAAGGAUCUUAAGAAGUUUGCAAUCUCCGUUCGUGAUUCGUUGUUACGGCCAUGAAAUUGCACGAGAAGGGACUGGUCAUCAAUAUAAUUUGAUUCUCGAGUACUGCUCUGGACAGUGUCUUGCGGAUAUGAUCGAAGAUAAUCAAGGAGGGAUACCGGAGUUUGAUGUCAAGCAGUUCGCUAUAGAUGUUCUGUCUGGUCUCAGUUACAUUCACCGCAGAAACAUUAUUCAUUGUGAAAUUAAACCGGACAAUCUCUUACUCAGCCCUGUUGAUCACCGGUUUAGGUCUAAUGGGUUUUUGACAAAGAUUGCAGAUUUCGGUUUAUCAAUGGAGAAAGGUUCUAAAGAGUAUGGAAACGGACGUGGGCACAUGAGAGGGACAACUAGGUACAUGGCUCCGGAGUUAAUAGGCGGUGGGCUUCUGGAUUUUGCUGUUGACAUUUGCGCGUUUGGAUGUUCUGUUUUGGAGAUGCUAACCGGGAAAAGGGUUUGGGGAGAAUAUGGUGAUUUGGCUCAUGAUGAUUGGGUUGAUUUGAUCGGUCACAGUGAUCUCACUCCUCAAAUCUCGAUUCGGUUAUCUGCAGAAGCUCAAGACUUUCUGAUGAGGUGUUUGGUUAAGGAGCCUGGUUCGAGGUGGACCAUCGGUGAACUCGUGGACCAUCCGUUUCUCUGUUCAGAUGAAGAGUUUUCUCACAAUGGAUUUGUUUAUGAUUGA